ACAAGACAGCGCUAUUAUGCAGUUUGGCUUUUCAAUUACUUUUGAGUUAUAACUUGCAUAGGAAGAAACAAUUAGUAACAAUAAUUCGAACAACAGAAAAAGAGCGUCUUUUAGAUAAAUCUUAAUGCUUUCCCAACCAAACCUAUCUCACAGUACAUCCCACUAUUGAAAACAUAAGCUUCAACGAAAAGCAGCAGCUUCAUUUCAGUUCAGUUCACCAGCACACUGCAAAAGCUUCCUUCUUUUCCCCUUUACUAGGCUACAACACGAAGCCUUUUCUGUCCAACAAAUGCUUCACGAAGCUCUUUGUAGCCACUCCUGUAGUGCUCCAACGAGAAGCACAGCUGCCUAAUUGCCUCCCUUUUCUCCUCAGCACCUGCUAAGAGCUCGCCCUUCUGCCGAUCCACUUCCUUCUCCAGCUCCACCACUCUCAUUCUCAGCUCCUCUGCCAACUUCCUUCCACUCUCACAGUCAGCAAUCAAAUCCCCAUUCUCAAGGUUCAACCUUUUCAGAUGCUCUUCCACUUCCCUUCUCUGUUCAUCUUGGCAGCGCAGCUCAGCAUUCAUGGUGUUCACCUUAGCAAUCAACUUAUCCUUCUCCACCACGACCAUGUCGUAUUUGUGCUUAAACGUGUCGAAGUUCUUGUUCAAGCCUUCAAGUUCUUCACCUCGGCUAGCGAGCUCUGCCUUCAAUUGACUUAUCUCCGCUCCAAACUGAAUUGCCUGAGCAUCAAACGAAGCUUUCAUCUCCAUCUUCUCAGCUUCGCAUGCUUUGAUGCUUGCCUCCAUCAGCGUCUGUUGUUCUGACAUGGUUGAUAUGCAAGACUGCAAUUCUGACCUUUCAGCAUGGAAUUUCACCUCCACGCAAAGCAUUGCAGCUUUCAGCUCCUUCGCCUCUUCAUCUUGGUCCGACAGUUGGUCUCUGUAACUCAAGUUGCUUUCCUUCAAUGCUGCUAUCUCUUCUCUAGCCAACUCCAGCUGGUGCAGCAGUUCCGACGCACCUUCAGCUAUUCUAUUCUCCAGUUCCACAACUCUUCUCCUUUCAACUUCAAGGUCGCCUUCUCUAGCUUUGAUCUCUCUUUGAGCAGAUAGGAGUUGAGACUGCAUACUUUCAGCACCCUUUCUCAGUUCAUUCUUCAACCAGGAAACCUCUUCCUCUGACUUCUGCAGCCUUAGGUUUGAAAGCUUCAACUCGCCCUCGUACAUGGAUACUUUCCUGAGCAGUUCUUCAUAAGUUGCAUUAUUUUCACCAGCCACAACGAUCUCUACCUUUUCGUCAUUCCCUAGCUGAUACGACAUUCCCUUCCGACCAGUGUUUAACGGGAGACUAUAGUAGGCAUUGCUAGAGUUGGAAGAUUCGGAGUCAGAGUCUGACUGUGACACAGAUGAUUCAGAUCCAUCCUUUAAGGAAAGAUCAGAACUAUUGGCGCCACCACCAGGACUUGCAGAUGCAACUUGGUGAUGGACCUUGUUUCCACCCAGCUUUGUAUCAGGAGUCAGCAAAGGGGAAUCAGGGUCAUAAAUUGUAUAGACUUCGUCCGCUUCAGAUAUGGAAUCAGGCAUGGUUUGCUGAAGAUCCAUAGCUUCCUUCUCAGGGUAGACAACAUCUUCUGCAGUCAGGACGUUUGGAAAAUUCUGAUCCAUCCCGCUUGUUUUCAGUUUGGAGUCCCCAAAUUCGAAUCUCAUGAACGACACUCGUUUCUCCCUUCCCCACUCCUCUCCUCUAGUAGCACCCUGUAACAUAUAUUUGUGUAAAAAAAUGUACAUAAAUCACUAAUCCACCACCCAAAACACAGGCCCAAGCAAAACCAAACAAAAGGAGAAAAAGAGCAGAGGAACAAAAGCUCCGAUACCACUUCCACCGCUAAACGUCAAAAGAUUCAGGCCACAUCCCUGCUGCUGUUGCUGGCCGGCAGACUGGUUUCUGUUGACCGCUUUCCUCUCUCUAUAUAGCAUCGGAGAAAUCGGCGUGGCCGGGGUGGAACUUGAUUUGAAUCUACAAAAAUGGAAUCCGAAUUAGGAACAUCGUCAUCAUCAGCCCGGUCAGGCAUUUCACCGAACACUUGCUCGGCACCGCCACCGACGCAUCAUUUCGUGCUGGUCCACGGGGUCGGGCACGGGAGCUGGUGCUGGUACAAAAUCCGGACCCUGCUGGAGUCCUCGGGACACUGCAGGGUGUCGUGCGUCGACCUCGCCAGCGCCGGCGUCGACCGGACCGACGCCAACACGCUGGAGUCGUUCCAGGAGUACAACAAGCCGCUGCUCGACCUGAUGGCGUCGUUGCCGGAGAACGAGCAGGUGGUGGUGGUGGGGCACAGCGCCGGAGGGCUGAGCGUGACGGAGGCGAGCCACAAGUUCCCAAGCAAGAUUCGAGUGGCCGUCUACCUGGCCGCCACCAUGCUCAAGCUCGGCUUCUGCACCGACCGCGACGUCCUCGAUGCAGUUCCAGACCUUUCAAGAUACGGCGAAAAUGUGAACGAGCUCGAGUUCGCGAAAGGACCCAACAACCCUCCCACAUCGACCAAGGUGGCCACCCACUUGCUCCGCGAAAUCCUGUACAACACCAGCCCGCCGGAGGACUGCACCUUAGCCGCCAUGCUCCUGAAGCCGGGGCCCCUCAUCGCCCUCCAAUCCGCUCGGUUCGACGAUGAUUAUGCUGAUGAUUUGGCGGCAGCAGAAGGGGUGGAGCGGGUUUACAUCAAGACGAUGCAGGACAAUGUGGUGAAGCCGGAGCAGCAGGAUGCCAUGAUCAAUCGAUGGCCGCCUUCUCGGGUUUAUGCUUUGGAUUGCGACCACAGCCCUUUCUUCUCUUCACCAUUCCUGCUCACCGGUCUCCUCCUCAACAUUGCUGCCGCGGCUCCUGCUGCAGCUAGGGCUACUUAGCUGAGAGCUUCUUCCAUGGCGUGUCAGAGGGAAUACAGGGUUUCCAGUAUUGCAUUGUUAAUUGCUCUUGGCACAGUUUUACAGUACGUACAGUGCAGCCUGUUCUGUGCAUUGGUUGUUCAAAAACAGAGGGUUUUAAAGCUUUGCAGUUCAAUUAACAAAUACUUGGGAAAAAAUUGGAGAUGCAGGGGAUCGAACCCUGUACCUCCCGCAUGCAAAGCGGGCGCUCUACCAUUUGAGCUACAUCCCCAUUGAUGAUUAAUUUUGUUAUGGAACUAAUAUAUCUUGUCAACUUAAAUGUGGUGUUUCAGAUUUUCUAGACAAGGUUAUAAUAUUUGAAGUGAUGCUUACCUAUGAUUUUAGGACAAGAUCUUACAUGUUGCGUGUCUACUUGCAUGGCUCAGGUUUUCUCGAAUUCCUCUACUCCAAGAACACCAACCAAACCAAUUACAUGAGCUUGGUAUAGUUU